AAGGGGAUCGAUGAGUCGGGUCGGUCGGACCAGGAACAAAGCAAACGAUGCCUUCCUCUCUCUCCCCCUCUCCCUUUUCUCCUCCGUCCCCGGGAUUCAAAGGAGGAAAAGAGAGGAAACCACAGCUCCACAGAUAGGAGGACGACCGCCCUCUCUCUCUCUGUCUCAGUCUCUUCCACAUCAGUCCUAUCUUUGUUCUCCAGAACAAAGCCAAGGAGGAUAGAAGAGAGAGAGAAAAAAAAAAAAAAGAGUAACAGAAAGGGAAGGACCAAAUGCCUGCCCAAAAGCGCCCGCUUACUCCUCCGCCCUUGGACGACCAACUCCCCGCCCCCGACGAGCCCCCUCCUUCGCCUCUUCCUCCUCCGCCGCUCUCCACUCAGCAGCAGCAGCAGCAGAAGCAGGAGCCGGACAAAGAGGAUGCUGGCGGCGGCGAAGCGGACGAGGGUAAGGCGCCGGCGGAGACUCCUCUAGCACAGGACGAUUCUGAUGGCGGAAGCGGUGGCGGUCAAUCGUCGAACGAGGACGACGACGAGGCCGAGAAACCGGAAUUUAUCCUAGUGAAACUAGCCGACAUUCGAAAAGAAGUGCAGUGCCCUAUCUGCUUAGGGAUAAUACGUAAGACAAGGACAGUAAUGGAAUGCCUGCAUCGCUUUUGUAGGGAAUGUAUUGACAAAUCAAUGAGACUUGGAAACAAUGAAUGUCCUGCAUGCCGCACCCAUUGUGCAAGUCGGCGUUCUUUGAGAGAUGAUCCCAACUAUGAUGCCCUUAUAGCAACCUUAUAUCCGGAUAUUGAUAAGUAUGAAGAAGAGGAACUGGCUUUUCAUGAAGAGGAGAAAUCCCGCAAUAAGAAGAUCCAAGCAUACAUAACUGAGACAUUUCGACGACAAUCAGAAGCACUUGGUAGGAGGAGGUCCACAGCUAAAGCUGCUGCAGUAUUCGGAAGAAAACCACAAGGAAGUUACCGAAAUCAUCUGCGUGGAAGAGGCAGAAGUAUUGGUGGUGAAACUGCAGCUGCAGGCUCUGAUGAGGAAGAAGAAGAAGCAAAUGGUAAUGAUGUCACCAAAGAUACCUCGUCUGCAGAUGAGCCCUCUCCUGAACAAAGGCCGAAGAGAUGCAAGAGAUGGGGGGCUCCUCGAUCUUCACCAGCUAGAACAGCAGGCAGUGGUGAUGUUGGCUCCGAGGAAAACGACGAUUUUGAAGUCAACAGAGAGCCCCUUGGGACAUCGCCUUUGCGAGCAGGAAACAGAGAGAUGCUUGCAUGGGGUAAGAAUGGUACACGUAGUCAAACUAGACAUAGCAGUACUAGUGGUUUAAAUGGUAGAUUGGUCAAGGGUGGGCGCUUGGCCAAAUUGGUGGACUGCCUGCGCAAUUUAGAUGAAGCUGAUGAUGAGUUUGAUGUGCAUCUGACCCUGGUUCCUUUGGAUGAUGAAAAUAUGCCAAAUUUGGAACAGCCAUAUCUUUGCUGCCGGCCAACCCUGUCAAUUAGACAUCUUUGCCAAUUUAUCGCUCUUCAGACAUCUGUCCAAGCUGAAGAAGUUGAGAUGUAUGCGAGGAAACCUCAAUGCCGAAAUUUAGCAGUUGGGGCUUCCAACUCAAUGGACGAGGCGUCGACUGAUCCUUCCAUAGGCCUCCAGAUGUUGGAGGGACAAGAAUCUCUAGCAGCGAUUUGUGCUUCUUUCACGAGUGACCAAGGGGAGAUGGUGUUGGUUUACCGUCGGAAGAUUCAGGGCUAGAUAAAUGCUUAGCAUCCACUUUUCACAUUAGGAUUCAACAGAAACCGGGAACCUGUGCUUCCUAGUGUAAUAGAAAAUGCAUGUAACGGCAAUAUGCACUUUGAAGAUUUCCGAACAACUGAUGCUCCAGAGAUGAUUUCAUGGGCGAGUGGAUACCAGAGAGCAACAUGAGUGGACAUGUGAGAGGAGUUGAUUGGAGAAUGAGAUUGCUUUCGCUCUGACAUCAUUCAGUGAUGAAAUUAAGUUUCAUGAUCUUUAGUUAGGAUCCACAGAUAUGUAGACUCAUGUUAUUUUAUUUCUUGCAGUUUGCUGUUGUCUGUGACUUGUUCACUUGAAUCGAUCGUCUCUUUCAUCUGAUUGUUAUA